UAGUGGAGACUAGUCGGGUAACGGCAGCACUGCGAGUCAACAGAGUCAUAAACGACUGCCGAUCGGAUCAGUGUCUGACACCAACAUGGAAAAAGAUGUCAGUCAAUUGACAGUCGUGUCUGCUUGAAGUACCAUCCUGAUUCAACCCAGCUACCUCUACCUCAUUUCCUUUGGAAGGGAAAAAAGCUACAGAAAUAUCACAAUGAGCAAAGGCAAGAUGGACAAAAGCCUAUCAACUCCAGGAUCACGUAUUGGGACCUUGCUGUAUUCCCUGGAGAAGCUCAACAGCUCCAGCUCCGAUGAUAUCGAGCAGAUGCGCUACACAACAGCCAAGAUAUUAAAUUGCACUAAAGAUCAAGAACCAGUGCGGAAACAAAUCAUGUCAAAAACAACAAAUGGCUUGGAGAUACUGUUUUCUACGCUAGAGAGUUCCACUGAUAACCAUGUGUCUUUCCACGUUGUGUCAACACUGGUGGAGUUGCUGUACACGGGUAAGCGAGCGUCGGUCUUUGUCAGUCAUGGAGCAACACAAGUCCUGCUGGCUGCUCUAGCAACAGCAUCCCGCGCACAACCGGUUUCAGAAGAACUCAUGGUGACACUGCAUCACGUCCUGAGUAAAAUAGGCCCUAAAGAUAGAAAAUUUGGUGUGAAAGCUCGUCUGAGCGGUGCCCUGGCUAUCACGUUUGGCCUCGUCCGCACCAACACUGCAAACUUCGAGAUCUUGCAACCAACACUACAGGUGCUCAAGAUAUAUGCAACAAAUUCUGUUAACGCAUCCUAUUUGGGGAAAUCCGGAGCUGUUAACUGCAUGUUUAGGAUUCUCUCAGUGUGUGGUCGCAAGCACAACACUACCCUUCGCCUUGCGUUGGACAUCCUGUGCCAGCUUGUCAAAUCAAAGAGUAAUGCCGCCAGGGCGGUCGGUCAGGGUGGUGUCACCAUGCUCCUUACCAUGAUGUGUGAUUGGCAACGCAACGAUGCUCGGAAUAGACAUGUCAAGAUACGCAAGGCCAUCCUCAACACUCUCAAGAACAUCACUGUACUCAAGUCUGGAAAGAAAGCCUUCAUUGAUUCCAAUGGCAUCAAGGUUCUGUAUGACAUCGCUCAGGAAAACACUGCUAGCCACUGUAAGGAAUUGGAUUCACUUGUCAAUCUAAUUAGCGUCAUUCUACGUAAGUGCUCCCCUCGUAACCGUCUUCCAGUCACAACCAUCAAGUCUUGCGUCCCCUUCAGCCUGCCGGCCAGCACGGUGGGACUGUUGGCCACCAGACCAGAAAGAGAAGGUGAUGAUGUCAUUGAUGACAGUGAUGAUCAAGAUGAUGACAUCAGUAGCAGUGAUGAACAGAAGGACAAUGAACAGGAGCAAGACGGUACUGAGUCUGACAAGCAAUCUGAAGUUCCGAAACGAUUGCCGGAGGACCUAGCGAUGUACGAACACUUCUUCAGAGAACUCACAGAUUAUGAAGAGUUUUUGCAGGAGGAAAGUGACUCAGAUCAGGAGACAGGAGAUUGCCAGCCUAUUCUCAUCCCGACUGCCGGAUCAUCAAGUUCCUCCACCAACGCCCACCCUCACAGGACUCAUUCCUCUUCUCUCCUCGUGAGCCGCACCCGACCUAGCAAGCAGCUCCGAGAGAAUCGGCUGAGCUUGCCCAACCUGUCCCGCAUGAGCAGCCUGGUCAACAGCAGCACCGGCCAGCCGCUGGAUGAGCCGCAGCCCAUACAGACCCUGGCUGUCAAUGUCAGUGGGAUACGGCUUGAUCCAUCUCUCCUAGAUACCCAGCCUGAACCGAAACACUCCAGAACCUUAUGUAAGUCGGUGGCUGCCGACAGCAGCAACGGCAUCGACAUGACAAUCAAGGGUGGUCGUGCUUCCUUCACUGUCGGCAAUCCCAAUCGCUCACCCAAGCAAGCUACCUCAUCCAACAGGUAUAACCUACGCUCCCCGCCCAAACUACGCAAGCUCUCCAGGUCCUUAACAAGUCUGAAGCAGACGGCUUCCGAUCAUACCUCCCGUCCCGGAUCCAGGCAGAGCAGUAAGUGGAAGUUAGAUCCUGAGCUGGAAGAAACACAGCAAGAUACCCUCAGGGCUUCCAUGACCAUAUCUCGCAUGACGCUCCGAACGCCAGAAUCUCAGCCCCAGCACUGUGUCUCGCCAGAGUCUGACUCAAUCAGCCUGGACGACUACAGCUCAGAACUGUACGCAGAUCUGAUGUGCAAAACCAAGAGGGUGUUGCCAUUCCGGAGAAUAGCACAGCCGGAGUUGCGCGGCCACAAAAGCCCGGCAUCUCCAGAGUUGUUCUUCGAGAAAUCUCCUGGUGUACAAAGAGCCAUGAUAUUUGAGGACAUUGACCGAGUAAUCCAUCCAGACAAAGUCAUAGACAGGGUGGUCUUUGACUUGGACACCGAGGUCAGGACGAGGGGUUCAGGGUCAGAGGCAACCAGCAGCUCCGAACUGUCAUCUGAUUCCUCGGCCAGACGCAAUAGUUCCCUGGAGGAGUCAACUUUGACCUUUGACUCCCAGUUUGAGUGUGGCAACCUGAGGAAGGCCAUUCAGGUCCGGCAGUACGAGUACGACCUGCUAUUGAACUCGGACAUAAACAGCAAUCACCACCACCAGUGGUUCUACUUUGAGGUAUCCAGCAUGAGGGCGGACGUGCAGUACCGGCUCAAUGUCAUCAACUGCGAGAAAACCAACAGCCAGUUUAACUAUGGUAUGCAACCAGUCCUGUAUUCAGUACGAGAGGCCAUGGAAGGGCGCCCUCACUGGGUGCGAGCAGGCAUCGACAUCUGCUACUACAAGAACAACUUUGCCCGUAGCUCCCUAGCCACGGGGGGACAGAAGGGCAAGAGUUAUUACACGUUUGCCUUCACGCUAAUCUUCCAGUACACGAACGACAUCUGCUACUUGGCCUAUCAUUACCCGUUCACGUAUACAAUGAUGAAGGUGCAUCUUCUGAAGCUUGAGGCCAGCCUAGGCGAAUGGAGCAAUAUUUACUAUCGCAAUCAGUCAUUAUGUGAUACCCUGGGUGGCAACUCAUGCCCCCUGCUGACCAUUACUAGCAACCCGUCAACUCUGGACAAGGAAGGAGUGACUCAAUUUAGAUUGCGACCCUACAUCCUGUUGUCCUCCCGUGUCCAUCCUGGUGAGAGUAACAGCUCUUGGGUCAUGAAGGGCGUCUUGAAGUACCUGCUGAGCUCACAUCCCACCGCCCAGCUGCUCAGAGAUACCUACAUCUUCAAGAUCAUUCCCAUGUUGAAUCCGGAUGGUGUUAUCAACGGAAGUCAUCGUUGCUCUCUGACAGGAGAAGAUCUCAAUCGUCGAUGGGACAGCCCAAACCCUGAUCUCCACCCAACUAUUUAUCACACAAAAGGCCUUCUGCAAUACCUUGCCAUGUGCAGCAGAAGCCCUCUGGUGUUUUGUGAUUUCCACGGUCACUCCCGGAGGAAAAACGUCUUCAUGUACGGCUGCAGUGAGGCCCAAUCCCAACUGGCUGAUGAUGUGGCUGCCAUUAAUGGCAAUAAGCAAGAGGACACCAGCUACAAGACACUUCCUCGGAUCUUGAACCAGUCUGCUCCAGCGUUCUCACUCAGCUCCUGCAGCUUUGUUGUUGAGAAGGCCAAGGAGGCCACAGCUAGGGUGGUAGUUUGGAAGGAACUAAGGGUGCCGCGUAGUUACACCAUGGAGAGUACCUACUGUGGCUGUGACCAGGGACAGUACAAGGGCUUCCAAAUCACCACGGCCAUGCUAGAAGAGAUGGGCCAGAAGUUCUGUGAAGGGCUCCUUCGCCUCAUUACACGGCGGUCCUCCGAAAGACUGUUGUCUGACAAAUCACCCUCCCAGACUUCGCUUUCAUCAACAAGGAUCUUCCCUGGAUCAGUGAAUUUGGCAGUUACGAAGGAUGAAGAUGAUUACGGAAGCCCCGGGGAAGACGUGGAUGCCUUGCUUCAAGCCUCUGUCCGUCUCAAGGAACUGUCCGCCGGCCAGCAAUGCACUAGGAGGAAACGUCCUAGCAAUGACUUGGAAUCGGGCGAAGAUGAAGAGGAUGACGAAGAGAAUUAUGUGUCGGAGGGAAGCGACAACGGAGCGUGCGAAAAGAACAGCGAUGAGGGGACUGAAGACAUUUCGCCAGAGGUCGGCGGGACGGAGCUGGGGGACUAGGGUUGCCUGUGAAUGGGAUAGUCGACAGUUGAUAUCAGGGUCCAGGUCCAACUCAUCACUGCUCCCAAGGGCAAUCUUAAGAUGUUUAAAUUUUAAAGUUCCUGAAAUUGUCUGCUCAUAAGAGUAAACUCCGAAUCCAAAAUUUGAAGGUUUUGAGUAGUAUUGUUUAUGAGUUACAUUGUUUAAGGUUUUUUUAACUUUCGCUGUCCGUAACUUCUGUCUGUACCUCUAGUAUUUAAAGUUGGACAGAGUGUUUAUCUUAAACUAUAGGUUUUGGAGUUUCCUCAUAUGACCACACAAGUUAAGAAAUUUAAAGAAAAUUUGUGAGAUUGACCUCGAGAGGCACGAUGAUUUGACAUGCAAAGAUUCCAAUGGAGCCUGAAUUCUUCUUCCCACCGAUUUGCACUAUCCGCUCCGUUCACAAGUACCCCCUCACCAGCAAGGAAAGUACAGUUGGGGGUGACUGAACGACGCCAUCUUGCCUGACUACAAUAUUUUGCCGCGAAGCGCGGCCACAGCGUGUACAAAGUAUAAAUCCCCUGGUUUACGUGCGUCACACACAAGGAACGGUGCGCGCGUCAACCUGCGAAAUGUAUGUGUCCCGCCCAUGGGACGUCAUUGCUAGGUAAAUGGGCGCCCUCUUUUGUUGGCGCACGGAGCCCAUAGGAACAAAAGUGAGGUUGCCUUACAAAGCUAGGACCCUCAUGGAGUUAGUGUGAUGGUAACUGAGCGGUUCACAGAAGAGCUCAUUCAGCUCGUUCAAGUGGGCCAGAGCUUUUCAUUGCAGCCUCUUUUACUACCAACCCAUUUGCAUUGUUUGCCACUCUUGUCUGUAAAAUGUAUUCAAAGGCACUUAGCAACAUUUGCAACUACCCGUUCGUACCGAUUUAACAAAAAAAUCUUUGCUCAAAGUGAAGAUAGGAGUGGUACCAAAUACCCUGUGAAA